CAUUAUGCAGCAGGAGUACCAAGAUGGCGGAUGAUGUGUUCGGAUGUGCGGUUGGUGCUUGGUGAAGUUUGCGUUUCUGAUGAGUUCUGAGAUGGGGUGAAUAUGUGAAACUAAUAAGAAUAUAGUGUUAAUGUAUUGGUGUAUAUAUUUUUACUUUAGUUGCUGAACUCUUUUGCUGUACAAGAAAAUGGCGACUGAUAAGAUAAAAGUUGCAGUACGAGUCCGGCCUUUCAAUAGAAGAGAAUUGGAGCUUGGCACACAAUGUGUUGUCCAAAUGGAAGCACAGCAGACGAUCUUACAUCAUCUGGAAAGGAAGCAGUCGAAAACCUUCGCCUUCGAUCACUGCUUCUUUUCACUGGAGCCGACGACAGAGAAGUUCGCCAGCCAGGAAAUCGUAUUCGACUGCUUGGGGCGGGACAUCCUCGACAAUGCCUUCCAGGGUUACAACGCUUGCAUCUUUGCUUAUGGCCAGACUGGUUCAGGAAAAUCUUACACCAUGAUGGGCGGUCAAGAUAACAAGGGCAUUAUUCCUCGGCUAUGUGACUCCCUCUUUGACCUGAUAGCUAAGCAGCAGAGUUUGGAGCUCACCUACAAAGUGGAAGUCAGUUAUAUGGAAAUAUAUAAUGAAAAGGUGCACGAUUUACUGGACCCCAAAACAAACAAGCAGUCGCUGAAGGUACGAGAACACAAUGUGCUAGGCCCUUAUGUAGAUGGACUGUCACAGCUGGCUGUUACAUCAUUUCAGGAUAUUGACAACCUGAUGGCCGAAGGCAAUAAGUCCAGAACUGUGGCAGCGACCAACAUGAACAGCGAAUCGUCACGGUCUCAUGCAGUAUUUUCAGUUGUGCUGACACAGACUUUGACAGAUACGAAGUCAGGUGUUUCAGGAGAGAAAGUGAGUCGUAUGUCUCUUGUUGAUCUUGCUGGAAGCGAACGAGCCGUCAAGACAGGUGCUGUUGGAGACAGGCUCAAAGAGGGCUCAAAUAUUAACAAGUCCUUAACCACACUUGGCCUUGUCAUAUCGAAGUUGGCUGAUCAGUCAUCAGGUGGAAAGAAUAAGGACAAAUUUGUACCAUACCGAGACUCUGUACUUACUUGGCUUCUCAAGGAUAACCUUGGAGGCAACAGCAAGACUGUGAUGGUAGCAACAAUUUCUCCUGCCGCAGACAACUAUGAAGAAACUUUAUCCACAUUACGGUAUGCAGACAGAGCCAAACGUAUUGUCAACCACGCAGUUGUUAAUGAAGAUCCGAACGCAAGAAUUAUCAGAGAAUUGAGACAAGAAGUUGAAGCUCUGAAAGAGAUGCUUAAAAAUGCGACAGCGUCCGAAGGUUAUAAAGAGCAACGGGUGGAUCUUACGGAGAAGCUUAGUGAGAGUGAGAAGCUCAUGAAAGAGAUGUCGCAGACCUGGGAGGAGAAGCUCGAGAAAACAGAACGGCUGCAGCACGAGAGACAGCAGGCGCUUGAGAAGAUGGGAAUCAGCGUGCAGGCGUCCGGCAUAAAAGUGGAGAAGAACAAGUAUUAUCUGGUUAACCUCAAUGCUGAUCCCUCUCUCAAUGAACUACUAGUGUACUAUCUUAAGGAACGAACUUUGGUUGGCGGGCGAGAAGCACCUAUGGAACAGGAUAUUCAGCUCUCUGGGCUUGGAAUUCAGCCAGAACAUUGUGUUGUAACUAUAGAGGAUGGCGGACUGUUCAUGGAGCCCCUCUCAAAUGCUCGGUCAUACGUUAACGGUCUGCCCGUGACCGAGAGGAUUCCGCUGCAUCAUGGAGACAGGAUAAUGUGGGGAAAUCAUCACUUCUUCAGAGUCAAUUGUCCCAAAUCAGCAGCGAUGGCAUCUGAACCACAGACUCCAGCACAGACGAUUGAUUAUAACUUUGCUCGUGAGGAGCUGAUGCUAAAUGAACUGAGUAACGACCCAAUACAGACAGCGAUUGCUCGACUUGAGAAACAGCAUGAGGAAGACAAGCAAGUUGCACUAGAGAAACAGCGCCAGGAAUAUGAGCGGCAGUUCCAGCAGCUGCGCAAUAUUCUGUCACCUUCCACACCGUACUCGCCCUAUGUACCAUUUGAUCCAUUUCGACUGGGAAAGAUCACGCCUUGUACCCCUACCACGCAGAUGAGAGUGGAGAAAUGGGCUCAGGAGAGAGAUGAGAUGUUUAAGAGGAGUUUGGGUCAGUUGAAAGCUGAUAUUCUUCGAGCAAAUGCUUUAGUAAAGGAGGCGAACUUUCUGGCUGAAGAAAUGGGAAGACAGACAACAUUCAGUGUGACACUUCAGAUACCUCCUGCUAACCUGAGUCCCAAUCGCAAACGUGGAGCAUUUGUGAGCGAACCUGCAAUACUGGUGAAACGUAAAGGUCAGGCGAGUCAGGUGUGGUCCAUGGAGAAGCUGGAGAACAAGCUGAUAGACAUGCGCGAUCUGUACGAGGAGAACAAAGAGAGGGAUCUCUCUCUGAAGGAUGAAAUCCCUCAGAAAGGCAUAGAUCCAUUCUACGAAUCUCAGGAAAACCACAAUCUCAUUGGUGUUGCGAAUGUUUUCCUUGAAGUUCUUUUUCAUGAUGUGCGGCUUGAUUACCACACCCCCAUCAUCAGCCAGCAGGGAGAGGUGGCUGGCAGGCUGCAGGUGGAGCUCAGUCGAGUGGCAGGCAGCUUUCCACAGGACAGGAUGUGUGAGGCUGCUUCAGAGAGUUCUGGAGACAGUGGGCGAGAAGACGAAGAAUCACCACAAGGAACGAGUCAAGUUACAGUUCGGGUAACAAUUAAACAGGCAUCAGGCCUGCCUCUAUCACUCUCCAACUUUGUAUUCUGUCAGUAUUCAUUCUGGAAUCAUACAGAUAGCAUUGCAGUGCCACCCGUGGUCGAUCAGGAGUACCCAGUCACAUGCUCUUCUGGACGUGACUCUGUGACCUUCAAGUUUGAUCACAAUCGUGAUUUUGACGUUCCUGUGACAGAGGAGUUCUUGGAGCACUGUUCUGAGGGAGCUCUCUCAAUUGAAGUGUGGGGUCACCGCUGUGCGGGUUUUACAAAAUCAAAAGAGGGGUGGGAAGUCCAGCAGCAGCUCGCUAAGGCCCGAUCUCUAGCAGACAGAUGGAGUGAACUGACUCGAAAGAUCCAACUGUGGGUGGAGAUACAAGAGCUUAACGAGCAAGGCGAAUAUUCCACUGUGGAGGUGACGACAAAACCUGAUAUUCUGACUGGAGGAAUUUAUCAGUUGCGACAAGGUCAGCAGAGAAGGAUCCAGGUCCGUGUAAAGCCGGUGCAGAAUUCGGGAACUCUUCCCAUUAUAUGUCAGUCCAUCGUCAGUAUCGCAAUAGGCAGCGUGUCUAUGAGGUCAAGAUUACAGAAACCGCUGGAUUCGUACCAGGAGGAAGAUUUGGCUGUUCUGAGGGAGAAGUGGAGUGAUGCAUUGAUGAGGCGACGGCAAUACCUUGAUCAGCAGAUACAGAGGCUAAUCAACAAACAGGACAAAACAGAGCAAGAUUCGGAGCGAGAGCAGAGCCUUGUGGAUCAGUGGGUGAGCCUGACAGAGGAGCGCAAUGCCGUUCUGGUACCUUCUGCUGGCUCUGGCAUCCCUGGAGCGCCUGCCGACUGGGAUCCUCCACCAGGAAUGGAACCUCAUGUACCAGUUCUGUUCCUUGAUCUCAAUGCCGAUGACCUGUCAACUCAUCAGUCCGGUGAUGAAGUUUCAGUGACAGGGCUCAAUUCGAUCCUGCCUAAAGAGCACGGUAACAAGUUCUAUAAUUUGCCUAUUAUCAGGCAUUUAGAGAAGGAUGUGUGUGCUGUGGCCGCGUGGGACUCGUCGAUACAUGACAGUAUCUACCUGAACAGGGUCACGGAAGCUAAUGAACGUGUGUACCUAAUAUUGAAGACCACCGUUCACCUAUCUCACCCAGCAACCAUGGACCUGGUACUCAGGAAACGUUUAAGUAUCAACAUCUACAAGAGGCAGAGCAUCACAGAUCGGAUCCGACGGAAGAUUGUUAGAUCAGACUGCUUGAAUCAGUGUGGAGUUACGUACGAAGUUGUGUCCAACAUACCAAAGGCAAGUGAAGAACUUGAGGACAGAGAGUCACUGGCUCAGAUUGCAGCAUCUGGAGAAGACUCGUCACUGAGCGAUGGGGAAACCUAUAUAGAGAAAUACACUCGUGGUGUCAGUGCUGUGGAAAGCAUUCUGACGCUGGACCGACUGAGACAGAAUGUUGCUGUGAAAGAAUUGUUACAAGCCCAGGGACAACCUCUGAUGCGGAAAACAGCCAGUGUGCCAAACUUCUCACAGAUUAUGAGGUUUGACUCAUCAUUUGACGGAGUAGUCGUACGGUCAGAGAGUGCAACAGAUCUUAAUUCCGAAUUAAUGAGCGGACCAGGGAUGAGAGAAUCAAGGAAUAGACCUUCGUCUGCGUCUGGUUAUGGAAAAGUUCCAGGUGAUGCCGAUCACAUUCCGGCGCCUUCAAAACCAUUUGGCCUUGGCUCCAUUCUCUCAGCUCGUCCUACUUUCCUCAAUCUGAACUUGAAUCUGAAUUCGCUUCGUCUGCAGCCGGCUGGGCCCAAACCAUCACCAAACAUUGCAUCCUCAAAACUGGGUCUGCGGAUGACAACGCUGCAUGAGGAGCAGAGUAGUAGUGGAUCCCAUUCUGGCCGUGAGAUGCCACCACUGCUCCAAGAAGAGGAGUCAUGUGAUGAUGGAGAACACCAGUCUUCUGGAAGAGUAAGCAGUGAGAAGUCAAGCAGAACGAGUAAUGUCUCCUCUAGCAAGGUGGAUGCUGAUGGAACCCUUAGCGAUCCAGAGUUCUCCGAAUUUGAGUCCUACCAGGGUGAAUGUCCUCAGUCAAAGCAACACCAGCUAGUAAAAACAACGCUGCCAAACUCACGAACUCUGGACUCUUUAUCUGAACUUCAGGUCACAAAAAUGGGGACUCCAAGUACAACAUCAAGUGGUUAUGGUUCACAGGCUGUGUCAAGUACAAAUCUGUCCAGUGAAGAUUCAAUGUCAAUUCGAAGCAUCAGCGUAGAUGAAACACCAGAUAUAGAAAGUAGAGCAAUGAUGUUUGUGGAACAACUUCAGCCAGUUUCUGAGGCCAGCGGUGAUUUAUGGGAGAAAGAGGGCCAUGCCGCAAAUAAAUCAAACUGGAAACUGUCGCUGAAUGAGAGGAUGAAUACUUCUCUGAAGAAUGAAACUCAAGAGACAGUAUCAUGCCAAAAGCCUGCUGAGAUUGUGGCGAAAGGAAGGAAUAACACUGCAGAUGGUGGAGAUGUGGAGUCUUUUCCAGAGGCACACGCUGUGAAUGAGACACAAGAUAUGCCACGGCUUGCGUCUGGAGAUCAAGACUUUGGCCUCUCCACAACCGAGAGUCCCACAUCUGACACUCUGUCCGAAGCUUCCAGGAGAGCAGCCUGCAGCAGUACACUUAUAUCACCAGCCGAGGAGACCCAGAUCCUUGCAGACACUGACUCUGCAUCCGUCAAGGCUGUUUCAUCCCCUGAACCUACCAGCACUUCGCUUACAAACUCUGGUGAUGAUGAGUCACCAUGUGAAGGGACAUCAGUUGUUCACACUCGUCUGCCACCAGGCAAGGUGGUGCGUCGGCGUAAAGCUGCAAGUAAGAGCCAUGCUUCGAGCCAACAACGAGCUUCAUUUCCAAUGACACAUCCUCACGUGUCAGAAAGUAAAGCUGCUCUCAAAUUGGAACAGAGGAUGAAUAGCUCCAACCUCAUUGGGCAUAAUGGAAUUUCGGGGUCUCAGGAUUCAUCCAGUGAGAGACUUGGCAAUGAAGAUGAAGGAGACAGCAAUAAUUCGUUCGGAUCCCGACGAGAUCUGCAUCGUCUAGCUGACACGCCCCUUCCUGAAUGGGUCGUGCUUGGUGAGAGUGUCCUUAUCCGGCCAUAUAAUUCAUCUGGUGUGGUUGCUUACAUUGGUGGCACAGACUUUUCUGGAGGCACAUGGAUUGGCGUAGAGCUUGACGCACCUACAGGUAAGAAUGAUGGGUCAGUGCAAGGGGUACGCUACUUCACGUGCCGACCAAAGUGUGGGAUUUUUGUACGUGCUGAUAAGUUAAUUCAAGACCGCCGGGGGCGUGCCAUGCGUGUUGGUAGCAGUCGGCAGUCAGAGAUUGGUACUAUGAAAAGAAGUAGUAGCAGAGGAGAAGGUCUGCCUACAUUACAUCGGUCUCGCAGCCGAGGAGAGGGAAUGUGUUCCAUUGGAACAAGGUCAUUGCCGAGGAAUAAAUAAGAUUUGUUGUGAUGGGAAGUUGUUAUGAACUAGUUAAUGAGCAGGUCCCAAUAUGGCUCUGGCCUUACUGCUCCAAACUGAUGGAGCAACUAACCAACCAGUCAGCAGCCAGCUAGCCCUCAACUCCAAUUGGUCAAACCCAUCUCGCACAGGUUAGGUUAGGUUA